AUGGCUCCUCAGCCAGUGGUGUCUGUGACUUCCCCUGAUCAUCCAGAUGCAUGUAUCAUCCACACUGAUGCAGCUUGGUGCCCAAUCCGCAAGGUAGUGGGACUGGGAUGGACCUUCUCCUUUGAGAAUACCACUCUCUCCUUCUCCCGACCUCACUCUUGGGCCAAAAAUCCACUGGUGGCUAAAGGACUAGCCCUUCGGGCUGCUCUCUUCCAAGCAGCUGAAGACAACAUAAGGAACAUCUCGGUAAAAUCAGAUUCCUUUCAACUCAUUGAAGCAAUAAACACUGGUUCUGGCAACAUUGAUCUCCAUGGUAUCCUCGGACACAUUGAUUUCCUAUCCAGAAGCUUCUCCUCUAUCUCGUUUUCAUUCAUCUCAAGAAAACUAAAUUGUACUGCUGAUUCUCUUGCUAAGAGUUCCUUAUGUAAUAGCCCCUCAAUUUGA